AUGGGGCGUGAGCUAACCAGUGCACCGCGAGCCCGAGCCCUGUUGCCGGCCCCUGUGGCCCCGGCCAAUGGAGACAAUGAGGGCUGUGGAGAGGAGAUGGCCUUGACGCUGCCCGACAAUGCAAAAAGCAUCGUUGCUGGCAUGGGCAACGGGCUGACCGAUGCACCACGAGCUGUGUUGUGGGCCUCCGCUGCUGACAACAAUGACGAAGAUGACGACGAGGAGUUGGCCCCCCAGACGCCGCCGACUGUCACCAAAGCCCUCGACUCCGAAGGGAUUUGCAUGGGCCAUGACACAGACACAAGUGAGGGUUGGCAGGAGGUGCUACCGCGGCGCGGCCCGUGUCGUUCGACUUCGUCGCCAUCCUCGAUGAUGGCUCCUCGUCCUCCUCGUCCCAUCCCUGCUUGGCUCCAUGGUAGAUGUUGUAGAUGCCUUGCUUAUGGGCAUCGUGCGGUUGUUUGCAGAGAUCCGUUGCGGUGCUCUCGUUGUUUGGAGAAUGGUCAUCGUGCGCGUGAAUGUCGCAACCCCCGACGUCCUCUGAGCUCAUUAUCAUGCCUUGAUGUGCCGCAUGUGUCCCGCCUCGGCACCGUGCAUCGUGUUGCUCCUGCUUCAUGUGAGGGUUCGGUGAGAUCCACACCCCCUUCGAAGGCGCUUCACCGUGGGUCUUGGGCAUCUAUUGUCUCUGUUGCUGCUGGCUCGGCAACCCCGUCCGAGCUGAUGUUGCAGUCCGCACUGGCUGAUCAGACUGCACUAUUGCAAGGUUGUGUGGCGCGGGUUGAGAGCUUUCUGGAGCGAGCGGAGGUUGCUCUGGGUAGACUAUCCCUUGUGCCGGCUCUGUUGCAGACCACUCUGACGUCACAUUCUCCUUGUGUGGCCGGUGUUUGCUCCGUGGAAGACAGGGGUGAGGAGUUGUAUGGCUCUUUCUCCCCUCGUGUUGGAGUCCAUUCAUCGUCGGUGCCUACCUCCCCUCCUAUGGUGUCUUCCACUGAGGGCGAGUCCAUCGCCGUGCUUGUGACUCCGGUGCUGCAGAUCAUGCCUGAGCUUAGGGAGCUAUGCCUGAGUCUAUCAGUGGAGCAUACGAAGGUGGACAUGUCGGCGGCCUCGAUUGAAGGACAAGUUUCGCCUCUGUCAAGUGAGCAGUUGGAGGUUUCUUUGGUUGAUGAUGCUAAAGGGAAGGCAGCUGCUUCAUGA